AUGAAGACAGUAGCGGAGGAAGAAUUUGGUUUUUAUGGAGAGAUUCAGUUCGGAUUACACCCCGUGUACAAGACUGAUCAGUUGGUGACAGUUAAAGUGGAGUUGGAAAAUGAGGAGGGGUUCUAUUGUACUAGUAUCUAUGCUAGUAAUCAAGUGGAAGAGAGGAAAGUGUUAUGGGAUGAUCUUAUUCAUCAUCAUGAAUCACCGAGCUUCAAAAACAAAGCUUGGAUGGUUCUAGGUGAUUUUAAUGAGAUUCUGGAAGGAGAUGAGAGUUCGAGGUUUGAUAAUGGUGGAAAAAUGCCUAGUGGAAUGAGGGAUUUUCAGGCACUGAUUCUUCGAUGUCGGCUCACAGAUAUGGCUUAUCAGGGGCCUAAGUAUACAUGGUGCAAUAAGAGGGAGGAAGGUAUUAUCUGCAAGAAGUUAGAUAGAGUGUUGCUCAAUGAAGAAGCUCUUCUCAGAUUUAGCAAUGCUUAUUCAGUCUUCGAAUCCGGUGGCUGUUCUGAUCACAUGAGGUGCAAAGUGCAGUUGUUUCCCCCUCAGGAGAGAAUUAGAAGGCCUUUUAAGUUUUCGAAAAAACUGAAGAAUUUGAAGCCGUUAAUCAGAGAGAUGGGUAAGGAUAAGCUGGGGAAUCUUUCAAAAAGAGCAAAAGAAGCUUUUGAUUCUCUUUGCACAAAGCAGAAUCUUACUUUAGCAACCCCGAGUGAGGAAGCAAUAAAAGAUGAAGCGGAAGCGUAUGGUAAAUGGCUGCAUAUAGCUAGUUUGGAGGAGGAUUUCUUGAAGCAGAAAGCAAAGCUUCAUUGGCUGGAUAUUGGUGACCAAAACAAUAAGACUUACCAUAGAGCUAUUACAUCAAGGCAAGCUCAGAAUAUGAUACGAGAAAUAAGAUGUGUGAAUGGGGACCUAGUAAAUUCACAUCUGGAGAUUAAGCAGGAGGCAGAGAGUUUUUUCUCAGAAUUUCUCAAUCGUAUUCCUGAGAACUUCCAAGGUACUAAUGAGGAGGAGUUGGAGAGCUUACUUGAUUUCAGAUGCUCUGAUGAAGAUUGUCGUCUUUUGGAGGAGGAAGUUACUGCAGAGGAAGUUCGUAAAGUCCUAUUUGCUAUGCCAAAUAAUAAAUCUCCUGGACCAGACGGGUAUCCUGCGGAGUUCUUCAACACUACAUGGUCUGUUCUAGCUCAAGAUUUUACUAUCGCGGUGCAGUCUGUAUUCAGAUUUGGGUUUCUUCCUAAGGGGGUAAAUUCCACAAUCUUAGCUUUAGUCCCAAAGAAGCUGGACUCGCUAGAGAUGCGAGACUACAGGCCGAUUGCAUGCUGUAAUGUCCUCUACAAGGUGGUCUCUAAGAUUGUGGCAAAUAGACUAAAGAGAUUGCUUCCUCAGAUCAUCACAGAGAACCAGUCAGCGUUUGUUAAAGGUCGCUUGCUCAUGGAGAAUGUUCUUCUAGCAUCGGAACUCGUCAAGGAUUAUCAUAAGGAUACACUUACCCCCAGGUGUGUUAUGAAAAUUGAUAUAUCCAAAGCGUUUGAUUCAGUGCAAUGGACGUUUUUAUUGAAGAGUCUGAGUGCCUUGGGUUUUCCUAAGAAGUUCAUUCAUUGGAUAGAAUUAUGUAUAACAAGUCCUUCGUUCUCGGUGCAAGUCAAUGGUGACCUUGCGGGGUACUUUCAAAGCUCAAGAGGUCUACGGCAGGGUUGCUCUCUCUCGCCGUAUCUGUUUGUAUUGUGUAUGAACGUAUUAUCAAGGAAAAUUGAUAGAGCAGUGGCUGAAGGAAAGUUCAAGUUUCACCCGGGUUGUCAAUCUCUAUCAAUCACUCAUCUAUGCUUUGCAGAUGAUUUAAUGGUUUUUGUUGAAGGCUCUAAGCAGUCUGUACAAGGCGCGUUAAUGGUGUUUGAAGAGUUUGAGGUGUGGUCUGGAUUGAGUAUCAGUGUGGAGAAAUCAACAAUAUACAUGGCGGGGGUCUCGGAUGUAGAAAAGAGAAGUAUCUUGUCGAAUUUCAAGUUUGCAAUUGGAGAGCUCCCGAUGUUGAAGCUGAGAGGUGUGGCUAAGCUAUUUUUUAAGAUUGAAGUGGGUAAUGGAAGACACACAUCUUUUUGGUUCGACAAUUGGUCUGGGAAAGGAGUUCUCUCUGAUCUGCUGGGGGUUAGAGGUAUCAUUGAUAUGGGAGUGAAAAAGGAUGCUACAGUGGAGGAGGCAGUGUUAAGUGUUCGAAGGAGAAGACACCGGGUAGGAAUACUUAAUGAGAUUGAGGAGGAGCUUCGUGGUAUUGAGAAUAAUCUGUAUGCUGGAAAUUCAGAUACUUAUCUCUGGAAAAGGGACUCGGGUUAUAAUAAGGAGUUUUCAACGCAGAAAACUUGGGAUCAGUUGAGAAUAAAAAAGGCGGUUUGUAUUUGGGCACAAGGUAUUUGGUUUCCGCAAGUGACUCCAAAAUAUGCUUUCAUGGCGUGGCUGUCUGUGAGAGAUAGGUUAUCAACUAUGGAUAGAGUGAUGAAAGGGAGUCAGGGGGGUGAUGAUGUCUGUGUUCUUUGCAAGAAUGCGCCUGAAUUGAGAAACCACUUAUUUUUUGAAUGUAACUUGUCUGCUCAAGUUUGGGAAUUCAUUGCUAAAGGGUUGAUGGGAAAUUCUUAUACUACGGAUUGGUUAGGGAUUAUAUGCAUUAUUUCGGAUAAGACAUGGGAGAAGAAGAGUCUGAUAUGUAUUAGAUAUGAUUUUCAGGCAGUCUUAUAUGCUUUGUGGAGAGAAAGAAACAGGGAUGAUGAUGAAAUAGGAGGUUCAGACAUGGCUAAGGAGAUGGAAGAGAUGCGGCUUGAGAUCGAAGUUCAUGCCGAUGAUGAUGAUGAGAGGGAUGAAUCCGUAGCGAGUCGCGACUUUGGCCUCCUUCAGAGACCAAUUACUCCAUUCCUUGAGGAGGUCCAACUUGGAAGAGGAGGAAGCUCCCUUCGAUCCUUUCCCUUUUCCUUUUGA